GCCCAUGUGGCACCGAGGUGAUGGGUUUCCACCAUUUCAUCAAAUUAGGGGCUUCCAUGGUUUGGUUGUUAAAAUCAAGGAAGAAAGAGGAUAAGAAGAUACUUUUCUUGUUCCAUUGUCGGCUCGCUGGAAAGAAGUGAGGGGUCUGUGUUACGUUCUGUGAUUAGGUUUGCAGAGAUGAGAAAAGAAGAAAAGAAAGACAGAUUUGAGCUCUCUUCUUAGAUUGGGUCUUUGAGUGGGUUGGGUGAAUCGGUUGGGUUUAAUUUAUUUGACUAACUGAUUUUUUAUUAAUUUUUGGGUGAUGUGGUUUGCUCACUUGACUGAAUUAACAGAUUUUUGUAUGAAAAUGUAGGAAAUGAUCGUUUUGUUAUUCGUCCAAACGUAUUUUACUGAAACGUGCAAAAUUGACUUUAGUGACCGUUUUGUACUAAGUGAUAAGUUAUAUGACCAUUUAUGAUAACUACCCAUGUUUUUAUCGUUAGUGUAUCUCGAAUCUCGAUACAUUUUAUUUGGGUAAAUUGCAAAUUUGGUCACUAAAAGUUCGUUUGGUAUUUGGGAUUGUGGCAAUUGAUGUCUUUAAUGAAUGCACGCAUUAUUAAUGUAUGUAUGUAUUGUUUAAAUAGAUGCAUUUUGAUAUUACAAAGUUUGGUUGUUGUGAUUGUGGUUUUAUAAAUUUAAGAGUGUCGUUUGGUUUAGGUGAUAGUUAAAUUGAUGUAUUGUCAUCAAUGCAUACAUAAUAACAUACAUGUAUAUAAGAAAAUUGGUGUAUAUUAGUUUACAUCAUUUAGUUUCUAUGAUAGUUAUUAUAAUAUUAACAUAAGUUAUAUUAUUUUUUGUUGAAAUGUCACUUUUAUCUUUUGUUUUUUUUAAUAUAAAAAAGAAACACAGGUAAAAAGGUAGUAACAUAGUAUUGGAACUUGGAAGGGAAAAAAUCAAACAAUCUCUCUAAAAAACUUGAGAUUUGACUAUAACCGAUUUUUGUCACAUCAACCAAACAAUACAUGUAUUAUUUGUGCAUAUAUUUAAAAAAAAAAUGAUGCAUUGUAACUAUCUCAACAAAACUAUCACCAAAACCAAACAAAUCCAAAGUAACUUUUUGAGAAAAGUCAUGUUUGCCCAUAUCUUGAGUUGAUGUUAAUUUGAGGUAUAUUAUGGAAAUAUAAAAAAAGGGUAAGGAUAUAGAUGGAAAGGGGGAAAACCACACUAUCAAACUAACAAUAUUAACAACCUCACUUUUUUGUUGAGAUUCAAAAUGAAUGAUUUUAUAUGUCAAAUAAAAAAAUAAUGCAUGCAUUGUGCAUCAUUUCAGAACAAAAUUUAAAACGACCCUAAGAUUACUAAAUUGCUUUAUGUUUGUCACUUAAAAAUAUUUAUUCUAUUUGUGGUCACUGAAAUAGUAAAAUUAGUUCAAUAGUUCAAGUUUGAUUACUGACCAUUACCUUUCAUCAGUCUCCUUUAAUUACGUCAACUUUUUUUUAGCGUGGCUAACAAAAAUGCCUAAUCACCCGAAAAAAUUAAAUCCCGAUCUGCCACUUUCAUAAAACCCCUCCUCACAACCCCUACCCUUACUUCAAUUGCACACAAACAUGUUUCUGAGUCUGGCCCAGAUAUCCAUCAUUUUGAGGAUCACGAUGCCACGUUGGAUUAAUAGUAGUGGUUCUCCGCAACCCUUUCCGAUAAAUAAUAAAAACAUAUCAACCAAACGUAAGAAAAAGUAAACCAUUUUUCACUUUUCCUUUUUCUCGCAAAAAAUUGUCGAAAGAGCUAUCUCUCUUCAUUCACAAACACCCUAUGAAGCGCCAGGAAAGCCGACCCAAGAUCGAGCCUGCGGAUUUGGAAGCAGCUGCAGUUCUGGAUCCACAAUUGAAUGACGUCGCAGAUGUAUGGCUGAAACUGGAGACCAUGGAGAACGCCAAGAAAUACUUGCAGGAAGGAAUCGAUCGGUUGAGGGACGAGAUCGCGCGGGCCAAGUUUGGAGGCACCAUGAAGGCAUUUGAUGAAGCGACAGAUUUGAUGGAGGAAAAUAAAAAACCUGAAGCAGGUCUGGAAUCCAACUGCAGUAGUCACUACAGAGACCUGGUGGAGGUUGUUGAAGGGAGGAAAAGAAAGGUUCAAGAGGUCGAGGAGGCGCUCCAGAAACUGAAGGCCGAACCAAUGGAGUGUAGUAAGCGGGCCAUAUUGGAUUCGUUCCCGUUUCUCUUGCCAGCGGCGUUGCUGUUUACUAUGUUUGCGCUUUCUUCUAUCUACAAAAGGGUUUGUCCGCCGUUAGCUAGCAAACUGGAUGGUUUGUUUUGAUCAGUCGCCUCCAGAUAUCUUCUAGGGUGAAUUCAUCGAUCUUGUUUUAUUAAUGGUUUCAUUUGAUCCAAAUCUACUCUUUUUUAUAUAUGUAUAUCAUCCAUCUUGAUUGAUUUGAACAAUUCAAACUCUAACUUCGGUAAUUAGGAUAUAUAUCAUUGAAAAUUUUCAUGGGCGGAGCAAGGAUUUGAGUCUCGGUGGCCGGAGUUAUUUAGUAUUUCAUCUCAAAAAAAUCGCUUAUCCUGUCGAUUUUUGGGAAAUGAGCAUCUCACAAUCGUUGCUAGCUUUUACUCAGCCCAUUGGCCGAUUAAUUUGCUUUAUAAAACUUUCAUCUUGUCAUCAUUGUGCUUUCUGGUUUUUUGCCAAGCCAUGAUAAAAUCUAAAGAAAUCAAGAAUGAGCAACACGAUUUGGGAUAGGAACCACCGUUCUUGUAUCCCUAAAAAAUGGUGGUAAACAGAGACUCACCUGCCAAACUAGUUUGGAUUGAGAUUUUUAUCGGGUAUCAGAGAACCAUGUGAUUAUAAAUUAGGCUUGAUCAGAACGGGCCAAAAAUUGAAAUUCAGCCUAUUUGACUGACCCAUGCCAAGCUCUAAUUAUUAUUUACUUUUAAACUUUCUAUUUGAAAAUAAAAAAUAAUGAAAGAAAAGAGAUGACUGCAAUUUGCCAUUUGCACAUCACUGAUUCAGGAAUAAAACUAUAGAAUUUCGAAAGGAAACUGAAAAUGUUUAGGAUCGUUUUAAUGUUAAAAAUAACCAAAUAGAUCUUUCUGUCUAGUUCUUUUACUAACAAAUACCAAAUGAUUCCCUAUAAUAUACACUAUAAUUUAAUCAUUAUGAUAUCAAAUAAUUACAUAAUAUAUAUUUGAAAUGAUAAAAAUUGGACUAAUUGGGUUGGUCGAAGUUGAACAAUUGAAUAAUUUUAAAAUACAUUAUAUUUUAACCACUAAGAUAUAAAAUAAUAGCAUAAUAUAUAUUAUGCUAGAGAAAAUAGGUUGUUUUAGAAUGGCAAACCUAUUAUGUUCAUUUGUUUUACUUGAUGGGCAAAUCCCGUGUAAGUCAGACCCAUUCAACUCUUUUAUUUUAUGAUUAGCGGUUAGCCCAUUAGAAUCCAUGCAUUAGUUUAUUAUUAAAUUUUUUUCUUUUUAGCAAUAAAAAGGAGUAUUGUUU